UAUUUUUAAUAGUACUCAUUCAGAGUUAUCAACCAUGCAAAGUCAAAUGGAAGAGCUUCAAACUAUUUAUCAAUCAGAUGAACCUGUUGAAAUAGCUAUACCUUAUAAAAGAAAAUCUUGUUUAACUGAGAUUAUAAUUGAACCUCCAA